UGGGACUUUAAUAUAUGUCCCUCACUUGAGUAUUAUUUAUUAUUUGCCACUCCGGUCCACACUUUAAGAUAUUGAACGACCACAAUUAAAACAAAUGGAAAUGCCAAGUUGCUCUUUAUGGUGGGGAAUAAGUGUUUUAAUUUGUCACAAAUGCAGGCUUGGAAUAGUUUUUAAGUCAGGUCUGUCAGUCAUGAACAAAGAGAGUUCCAAACAGCUGUGGAGACUGCUUCCAUUCAUUUCAUUCGCUCUAAUUGUUUGAAGGCCUGUUCAUUUGAAUGAUUACGGCACACACUGUGCCUUGAUACUAUCUCACUGUAGUCAUCUUAUUCAAAUGUCUCCCAGUAGCUAAAUUAUUCAGGGGAAAGAUGACUGACUGAUGUCAAAGUGAAGUUAUUUAUGUGUGGUAGAUAGUCUCUAAAUGGGAGUUGCAUUUGCUGUGCUCUUUCAAUUCAUCUCUUCAUAAUACGAAACAAGAUAGGAAAAUGAAAACACUUUAGACCUACAGCUGGCCCUUCCAUUUGGCUGUUUUGACAGAAACUAAAGGUGCUUGGACCUCAAAAAAUAACAACAUCACUAGAGAUACAGUAGAUUAAAUAACUAGAGGGAACUCUUACUUGGCCCAAAAAUAACAAUCAAAGAUCGAAAUGCUGGAGUCUAUCAAAGGAAAGCAGUCAGAAGAAAAUGCAAGAUACAUUUCAACAUUUUACAUUCCAUUUGUCAUGAGAGAACAAGCAGGAAAGGACAGAAUUUGUGAAGCUGGCUCAAUAAACCACCAUCAAAAACCUGCUGAUGGCAACGACACAUCGACUAAAAACUGGUACAUUGAAUAUCAUCCUACAGCACCACAAGCUAUACCCAGCAAAGGUUGUACAACYACUGGUAACCAUGGAAAUGCUAGGCCAUGCUACCUUUGUCACCAUGGAAACAUGAUACCGUCUCAUAACGGAUGCAUCAAAUAUACACCCAUUCAAGUGCCUGCGAGGUAUAGCAGUAUGUGUUAUUGUAUGCUUUGCCRGCAAAGAUCAGCCCAGAUGGCAUGUAAUUGUCAUAGUUGUUUGAGCUUAAGGUUUGAACAAACUGCUGCCUCGUUACUGGGGCCAACUGAAAAGAACAUUACUAUGAAUCCCAGAAUAUGUUGCGGAGGGAUGGGUUGUGAAAGAACUGAACAUGUGAAAUAUGAAUUUUGCCAAUGUGCUCAAUGUAUGGACAGAAUAUCGAGAGAGCCGAGAUAUCAUCAUAACAAUGUACAAUUAAUGCAUAGACAAGAAAGGGCAAAAAUCCAUGUAAUACAAGAUAACACCAAGGAUCAAAACAAUAAUGAGAGCAAAAAUGAAGAGGAAAAUGCAUCUGUUAAUAAAACCAGCAAUGCAGACAUCGUUAAUGGCCACCAAAGUCCCAUUGCAGAAGUAAAGACUGAUGAAAAUCAAAAGCAUCACAGCUUGUCGACAGCAUCUUCAAACUUAAGAAAACGACAACAUAAAGAAUCAGAGAAAACUGUUGUUAAUUCAAAAGUUAUAAAAACAGAAAAACCAGRGAUAGAAGAAACAGAAACUUCAUGUGAUAACAGCAGUUUGGCAGAAAAUGUUAAAGAUGAAGAAAUGGAAGAGGAAGAGAUCAACAGUUCACCAGAAAAACAAGAGGAAGAUAUGGAAUAUGUUGGCAAAGGUAAGGAAGACAGAACAGAAGACCAUGAAGACAAAGUCUGUGUAAUCAAAUCUGUCAUAAAUUCCUGUCAUAAAAAUGGUUUUGAUUUAGAGGAUAAAAAGGAAAUGCCUGAAGACAUUAGCUUAGAUAAGGGCCAUGGUCGAGGUCGGAGACCUUACAACACACGGCAUAUGUCAACCAAAUCCCAUUCYUAUGAAGCAGACUUUGAGGUACCAGCUCCAUCAGAGUGGAAACAAGAUAAACAAAUGUACAGUGAGAUAACAAAGAGUAGACAACGAUCAAAACUCAAUAGACUGUUAGCCAAUGAACAUGAGAGACGGAGGGUAGCACAGCUGAAUAAUGCAUACCAAAACCUGCGGCAAUUAAUACCAGGAUAUCAGUGUGAUACAAAACUACCAAAGAUUAAGAUACUAAGAUAUGCUAUUAAUUAUAUCGCCCAUCUUGAUAACAUAUUAGAGGUCGACAGUGAUAAAUAGAGUUUGUAAAACAGAUGAUGCAGUGUGAUUGYUAUUACUAAAAUCAACUACCAGGUUAUUAUUUUCUUAUAUUUCUUAUGAUUAGUUUCUGCAUGAAAUAUCGAGCCCUGUGCUAAAAAUCUUCAUUUUUUUCCUAUCACUGUAACUUCUAGAUACAGUACUACAGUAAUUUGGUUCUGCAAAUUCCAAGACUAAAAGAAGAUUUGUUGCAUUCAAAAUGUUAAAAAUAAUAUAUAUAAUUCAAAAAGUAUUUAAGAUCAAUGUUGGACAUGUUUAAAUUUAUUAUUAUAUAUAUGAUUUAUCAUUUUUUYGUCUGUAAAUGCAGUCUGUUUGAUACUGGGUUUUUUCCUUUUAAAAUCGUUAUUUUUAUACAGUUUCACAGAUGUUCAUAACAAGAUGUUUAUAAUAUUCCAUGGUACAUUUAAUAUUAUAAUUCAUUUGAGUUAAAGAGAUUGCUUUGGUUGAUUAUCAUAUGGAGAUUUUUACAUUACUUUCACAGGUCCCAAAAAUACUUCUGAAGUUACAAACUUUAUCUCCAAAUUUGAAACUAAAAACAUUACUUUACAUAACAAAGUAAGAUUAGAGUGGCAAGAGGCAUAGCAGUACAGCUGAAUAUCUUCACUGAUUAUUGUUUUGUAAGCUAGUUAUUUCUGAAUUUGUGUUUUAUUAAAGUUCAAGUUUAUCAAGUUUUCUUUUGAAAUAAUUAUGAUUAGAAGUUGGAGAUGAAUAUUGGAACUUCAAAACAAAACCUUUAAACCAAAUGGUCAAAACUUGUUCAAUGCACUAUAUACAUGUAGUAGAUAUAUCUAGUUUAUUUACAUUGUACUGCAUUCUAAACAACUACAUAUUGAAUAAUUCUGAGCACUCUAAAAGUAUGCAUAACUAACUUUCAUUCAAGCUGAGGACAUAUUUCUUGUUUUGAAGGAUGUUAUUAUAGUUGUAAACAGUCAUUCUCUAUAAGCCGCYCCGAGGUUGAGGGAAAACCUUGGUACUGCAGUGCCCUGUGGAAUGGUAUUAUGAGACAUGACUCCAAAACAGUUGGUUGUCCCCAAAACAGUACCAAAAUGCACUGCAAUAUCAAKUGUUUUCCUCAACCAAGGAAUGGCUAAAUGGCAUUUGGAACCAUAACAUUUGCUAUUGCAACAAAAAAGGUUUAUUGAAMAUGUUGAAAUGACACAGUAAUUGGAAAACAAAGUUUUCAAGUGCAAGUGCCAAUGAAAUAUCAUCAAGUUGAAUAUUGAAUAUCAUGGUGAUACCUUGAUUGAUGUCCACACCUACUGCAGUACAUGUACUUUGUCAUGGAAAAGAUUCUGUACAUGCUAUUGGGAAUCACUUUCUUAUGGUUGUCAAGGUUUUGCAAUAGUAUUGCAUUGUAUUUAUCCAUUUAGUUUUGCUUAAAUGACUUCAAAAACAACACAAAAACAUUUUGAUCAGGCUCUAUUAUUACUGCUAUAAGUUGUUGUUGACUUUGAAACAAAAAUGUAUUCUUGUUAUUGCAACAAGUGCAAGAAAAAUAAAGUUUAUAGAAAAUA